AUGGUGGAGGAGUACUUCCGCUACUACGUAGGGUGGGCGGGCAAGGUUUGUGGGCAGGUGCUUCCCAGCAGCGGGAAUAAGUUCAGUUUCACCAAGCGCGAGCCAGUCGGGGUGUACGUACAGAUCAUCCCAUGCAACUUCCCGCUGCUCAUGGCCGCCUUUAAACUGGCGCCGGCCCUCGCCAUGGGCAACACCGUGGUGCUAAAGCUGGCGGAGCAAACUCCCCUAACGGCGCUUUGCCUUGGAGAGCUUGCCGUGAAGGCUGGAUAUCCGGAUGGGGUGCUCAAUAUUGUACCUGGCUUUGGGCCAACAGUCGGCGCGCGUCUUGUCUUGCACGACGACGUAAACAAGGUUGCCUUUACCGGCUCCACCAUUGUCAGCCACCAAAUCAUGCGGAUGGCCGCGGACUCCAAUUUGAAGCGUGAGUCGCUUGAGCUGGGCGGAAAGUCCCCGAUUAUCGUUCGCGCCGACGCCGACCUUGACGCCGCCGCGGAAGUCGCGCCGGAAGGCGUGUACGUUAACGCGGGUCAGGUCUGCACUGCGUCCUUGCGCAUAUUUGUGCAUGAAAAGGUGCAUGACGCCUUUGUUGCGAAGCUGAAGGCGCUGGCGGAGUCCCGCCACAUUGGCCCCGGCGACGACCCCGCAAAUAACCACGGCCCGCUUGUCUCGGUGCGGCAGCACGAGCGUGUGCUUGCCUACAUUGAGAAGGGCAAGGGCGAGGGCGCCACGGUGGUGACGGGUGGGUGCCGGUGA